AAUCAUUGCAAUAUCUCAAAUCGAAACAAUAACUCCAUCAUUUAUUAUAUUCAAUAUAUUUUUUUAUCAAAACAGCCAAUGAAAAUUAUAUAAUCGACUCAUCAUUAUCACUUGUUACGUCAAACUAUACCACGUCUUAACUUGGUUAGAAUAUUUAUAAAUUAAAUAAAUAAACACGUAAACAAAAUGAAAAUAAUAUUAAUUAUUUAUUCAAUUAUUUGUUUUGUUUAUUGUAAAAAAAUUAACAAUGAUUGGUACGUUCAAAUAACUGGAGAACAUAAUUAUGGAAUCAAUACUUCAAUACCUCAAGAUUCCUAUUCAAUAAUUCCACGUGAGCAAAUUGAUGAUCCACUUGUUGAUGACAAUGACUUGAUACAAAGAUGGAUUGGCAACAGUAGUGUUACAUUUACAAAUUAUUUUUCACUUACUGAUGAUGAAUAUGAUGCCGAGAGAAUAAUCCUGGUAUUUCAUGGUGUCGAUACAUUUGGAAAAAUAUUGCUAAAUGACAAUAUCAUUGGCUAUACCAGCAACAUGUUCAUUCGUUAUGUUUUUGAUGUCAAAAAAUAUAUCAAAAAGGAUCGAAAUACCUUAACAGUCAUAUUGGAUUCACCAAUAAAAAAAGCAACAGAAGCUUUUGAAAAUCAGUCUAAAAAUUAUACAGUAUAUCCAACAUGUGUACCAUCAUCAUACAAAGGUGAAUGUCAUGUUAAUCAUAUCAGAAAAAUGCAAGCAAGUUUUUCAUGGGAUUGGGGACCAGCAAUACCUUCAUCUGGUAUUUGGCGAGAUGUUGAAAUUGUUGCAGUAAAAGAUGCAACAAUAAUUGAUCAUACUAUUGAUGUUUAUCUUGAUAAAAACAAUAAAUGGAUAAUAAAUGUUACUGUUGGUCUUGAAGUGGUCUCCAAUAGUCCCACUAAACCAGUUGAAGGUAUUCUAGAAGUAAUUUUAAUCAUUGACGAUCAACCCAAGCAAGCAGCCGAGUUGAUAUCUUGCUCAAAAAAUAUAUCCAUAUCAUCUGGUGUAAAUGAAACAGUUGUCUCUGUAAGCCUGACUGUUGAUGAAUCAAAAAUACUCAGAUGGUGGCCAAAUGGUUAUGGAAAACAAAAUCUUUACAAGUUAAAUACAACUCUAACAACAUCCUCAUCAUCAUCAUCAAUAACAAAAACUAAAAGAAUUGGUUUCAGAACAGUUGAACUUGUACAAAAACCAUUGGCAAAUGGUUUGUCAUUUUAUUUUAAUAUAAAUGGCAUAUCAAUAUUUGCAAAAGGUAGUAAUAUGAUACCAACAAGUAUAUUUAUUCAACAAUCAAAUAAUAAAACAAUUAGAGAACAUUUAUUACGUUAUUCAAAAGAAGCCAAUAUGAAUAUGAUGCGUAUUUGGGGUGGUGGAAUUUAUGAGACAGAUGAAUUUUAUGAUAUUGCUGAUGAAUAUGGAAUAAUGAUAUGGCAAGAUUUUAUGUUUGCAUGUUCAAUGUAUCCAACAAAUGAAGAAUUUAUUGAAUCAGUUAAAAUUGAAGUUAAACAAAAUUUAUGGAGAUUAAAAACACAUGUAUCAAUUGUCAUAUGGGCUGGUAAUAAUGAAAAUGAAGCUGCACUUUAUGGUAAUUGGUAUGGUACUAAAGAUUCAAAAAUAUAUCGUGAUGAUUAUAUUAAACUUUAUGUUGAUACAAUUAAAUUAGAAAUUAAUAAAUAUGAUUUAACAAGACCAUAUAUUGUAUCAAGUCCAACAAAUGGUAAAUACUCAGAUGACAAUGAUUACGUUAAAACAGAUCCAUAUUUAUUAAUUUACGGUGAUACACAUCGUUAUAAUUAUUUUCUUGAUGGUUGGGAUAUACUGACAUAUGAAAUUCCAAGAUUUUCAUCUGAAUAUGGUUUUCAAUCAUACCCGUCAAUAGUAACACUUGGUCAAGCAUCAAAAAAACCAAAUGAAGAUCUUGUACUUGAUUCGAAAUUUCUUAAACAUCGUCAACAUCUUCUGGGUGGUGAUCAAUACAUGAAAUUGUUGAUUGCUAAGAAUCUUAAUAUUCCAAAGACAAAUAAUUCAAAGCAAGAUUUUGAAAGUUAUGUUUAUCUUAGCCAGGUUAAUCAGGCACAAGCUAUGAAGGUUCAAACUGAAUCAUAUAGACAAACUAAAAGUAGUAUUAAUGAUGCUGGUGAGGGCAUGACAAUGGGUGCACUUUAUUGGCAAUUAAAUGACGUAUGGGCAGCACCAACAUGGUCAUCAAUUGAUUACAUUGGACGUUGGAAAUUACUGCAUCAUUAUGCUGUAAAUUUUUUUGCUCCUGUUAUUGUUAGUUCACGUGUUACAUUGGCAAAUGAUAUUGUUAUUUAUAUUAUCACAGAUUUAUUGACUGAUCUUGGUGAUUGUUUUAUUGAUGUUAAUGUUUAUAAGCUUUGGAAUAACAUUCAAACAAAUUAUUAUACUUUUAAAGUACCUGGUAUUUAUGUUGGAGCAAAUAAAGCCAUUGAAGUAACAACACUGAGUGUUGAUGAGCUCAUGAAGAGAGGCAAUUGUACAGAUGAUAAUUGUAUUUUUGAGCUUGUUUUGAAAAAUCAAAGUGGUAAACAAUUGGCUCCAGUUAAUUAUGCUUAUCCUGUUUCACCAAAACAUAUUGAUCUUCCAGCAUGUAAAUUAAUUGCAUCGAUUGAUUCAUCUCGUCAGCAGCACAAUGAAUUUUAUGACAAGCACAGAGUCACUGUUAAAUCAGCUUGUAGUCAAUUAUUCGUACAAUUUGAUGCUGGUGGUUAUUUUACUGGCAGAUUUUCAGAUAAUGGCUUUCACAUGCUACAUGGUGAUAAAAAGAAGCUAUAUUUUUACAUUGAUAAAUCAAAAAAUAUUGAAAAUAUCAUACAAACAUUUACACUUGUUGCACUUGGUCAAAUUUACCAAAAUCCAAUGUUGACAAAUGAUAUUUGCUUAGAUUGCUUAAAUUAAUAUUUUUUUAAAAAUAAACUUACGAUGAAAAAUAUGUAUCACGAUGAAUAUAAAUUUCCAGUCCAAUUAAACAACCCAAAAUAAAUAAAAUAAUAACAAUUAUUGUAUAAAUUAAAUUUAA